GGGGAGGCGGGACUGGGGGUUCCUGCGGGAGCCGCCGCCGCCGCUGCCGCGGAGGAGGAGGAGGUGGAGGAGGUGGUUGCCGCGGCCGCCGAGGAGUCCCUUGCUGAAGGCGGAUCGCGGGGCGGCGGGCGACGCGCGCGCGCGCCCGAGAGGUGGCCCGAGAAGUGGAGCGGCGGUCGCGGGGGGAGGAGGAGGAGGGACUGAGCGGCGGCGGCCCCCGCGUUCCGGUGCCUCUAUGGGGAAAGCAGACAAUGGAUUAUGAUUUCAAGGCGAAGCUGGCGGCGGAGCGGGAGCGGGUGGAGGAUUUGUUUGAGUACGAAGGGUGCAAAGUGGGACGCGGCACCUACGGGCACGUCUACAAGGCGAGGCGAAAAGAUGGAAAAGAUGAAAAGGAAUAUGCAUUGAAGCAAAUUGAAGGCACAGGAAUAUCCAUGUCGGCUUGUAGAGAGAUUGCACUUUUGCGAGAAUUGAAGCACCCUAAUGUGAUCGCCCUGCAGAAGGUGUUCCUUUCUCACAGUGACAGGAAGGUGUGGCUGCUGUUUGAUUAUGCCGAGCAUGAUUUAUGGCAUAUUAUUAAGUUUCAUCGUGCAUCAAAAGCAAAUAAAAAGCCCAUGCAGUUGCCAAGAUCUAUGGUUAAAUCAUUACUUUACCAGAUUCUUGACGGUAUCCAUUACCUCCAUGCAAAUUGGGUGCUUCACAGAGAUCUGAAACCAGCAAAUAUCCUAGUAAUGGGAGAAGGUCCUGAGAGGGGGAGAGUCAAAAUAGCUGACAUGGGUUUUGCCAGAUUAUUCAAUUCUCCUCUAAAGCCACUAGCAGAUUUGGAUCCAGUAGUUGUGACUUUUUGGUAUCGGGCUCCAGAACUUUUGCUUGGUGCAAGGCAUUAUACAAAGGCCAUUGACAUAUGGGCAAUAGGUUGCAUAUUUGCUGAAUUGUUGACUUCAGAACCUAUUUUUCACUGUCGUCAGGAAGAUAUAAAAACAAGCAAUCCCUUUCAUCAUGAUCAACUAGAUCGGAUAUUUAGUGUCAUGGGGUUUCCUGCAGAUAAAGACUGGGAAGAUAUUAGAAAGAUGCCAGAAUACCCCACACUUCAAAAAGACUUUAGAAGAACAACGUACGCCAACAGUAGCCUCAUAAAGUACAUGGAGAAACACAAGGUCAAGCCUGACAGCAAAGUGUUCCUCUUGCUUCAGAAACUCCUUACUAUGGAUCCAACCAAGAGAAUUACCUCAGAGCAGGCUCUGCAGGAUCCCUAUUUUCAGGAGGACCCCUUGCCGACAUUAGAUGUGUUUGCUGGCUGCCAGAUUCCAUACCCCAAACGAGAAUUCCUUAAUGAAGAUGAACCUGAAGAGAAAGGUGACAAGAAUCAGCAACAGCAGCAGAACCAACAUCCGCAGCCCGCAGCCCCGCCGCAGCAGGCAGCAGCCCCUCCACAGGCAGCCCCGCAGCAGCAGAACAGCACCCAGGCCAACGGGACUGCAGGAGGGGCCGGGGCGGGGCCCGGGGCCGCCGGAGCAGGGCUGCAGCACAGUCAGGACUCCGGCCUUAAUCAGGUGCCUCCAAACAAGAAACCGCGGCUAGGGCCUUCAGGCACAAACUCAGGCGGGCCUGUAAUGCCGUCAGAUUAUCAGUUUCAGGGAAGGUCUAAUAAAAAGACAAGUGGUGGUACAGAGGGAACCUGCAACCAAAAACAGCCUAGAUCUUUGCAGCUACUAUGCUUUAUGCUAUGAAGAACUAAAGUAUGUGGUAAUUUUUAUAUAACCAUUCAUAUGGAACUUAGUUCCCAGAAUCACCUUAUUCUGAAUAGUAUCCAGUAAUUAAGAAUUAUAAUUUUAACCUUCAUGUAGCUUACGUCUACUUUAAAAAGGGUUUCAAGAGCUUUGAUGAAAUACAGUCCUCUGGUGACCCACACCAGAAAACUGAAGAGAAUAUUAACUGCACUAGGAUUUCUUUAAGGAGUAAUGUUGAUCAAAGGGAAGGAAAAGCUUUUAGUGUGUAUUGUACAUAAAGUUGGCUUCUCUAAAGAACUGUUGGUUUUUUCACAUCUGGGUCAGUUUGAGUAACUUUCUUACAUAAUCAAGGGUACUCAAAUAGAAGCCUGCAAAUUAAUCUGCUUUUAAAAUAAACAGCAGUGUUCUCCAUUCGUAUUUGCAUUAGACAUAGAGUGACUAUUUUUAAAGCAUGUUAAAAAUUUAGGUUUUGUUCAUGUUUAAAGUAUGUAUUAUGUAUGCAUAAUUUUGCUGUUAUUACUGAAACUUAAUGCUAUCAAGAAUCUUUUCAUUGCACUGAAUGCUUUCUUUUGCCCCUAGGAGAAAACUUAAUAAUUGUGCCUAAACUAUGGGCAGAUAGUAUACGACAUAUUAGAUAAGUGCUAUUUGCAUUUCUAUGAUCUAUGAAUUAGAGGCUGAGUUCUUUCUUAGCCAGCAUAAGGAAGCUCCCCAGAGUCACAAGGAAAUGUAAAGACUUAGAGCUCCCAUUGUAAUGUAAGGGGCAAGAAAUUUGUGUUCUUCUAAAUGCUACUAGCAGCACCAGCCUCGUUUUAAUGUUUUCUUGAGCUAGAAGAAAUAGCUGAUUGUUGUAUAUGCAAGUUAUAUGCAUUUUUUAACUCUUCUUUGUGAACUUAUCUACCUGGUUAUGAUACUCUGGGUCCAUAUACAAGUACAAUAAGUUUUAGACAGAAGCCAGUAUAUAUUUUGCACUAUUGAUGUGAUCCUGUAGCCAGCAAGGACCUUACUGAUCUCAGCAUUAUAAUGCUUAUUAUUAAUAACAAAGACUAUACAGUGACACUCAUCAACACUGAAGAUGAAACUGUUGACAUGCUCCACUGGAAGGAAUUUCUGAUUGUCUCCAUAGUAAUUUACCCCUUCCAUUUUUGCAAAUGAGAAAUUAGUAGCCCUCUGCAUAAUGUAGCUACCGAAGUAAAGUUCUGUCCUGUGACCUGAAGCCUCACUGUCAUCAGAUGCUCACUGCACCCUCACCUCGUGCCCAGCAUUAUGCUGGGGGGUGAGACACAAAGGGCAAGACAUACUUCCUGUCCUUGAAGAGCUUAUGAUUGAUUCCAUGACAGGAAGCUUUCCUGGGAUGACAGGCUUAUAAAUGAAACCAUCUUAGAACAUGAAGGUCUAUUCGUUUACUUCUAAACCCACUUGGAGAGAGUUAGUUAUUAUUCCAAAUUUUGCUCUGUAAUAAGUGUCAUGGAGAGGUUUCUAUGUUUAUCUACCUUCAAGAAAGCCAGCAAUUAAUAUCACCACAGGCAUUAAUAUAUAUUUGAAAUGUUCACAGCAGCCUUUCAACAACAAUUGGGUGGCCCUUGUAGGCAGAACACAACUAAGUGUUUGUAGGAAAUUACGAUGAAAGUAGAAGCUCUGUUCCUGCCCUCAAGGAGAGCUUACAUUUAGUAAAAGACGAACCCAAAUAUGUGCAUGAACCAAAAUAUCAUGCCCCUUAAUACUUUAUAAGCAACUUUGAUAUAAAUCCUUGUGAUAUGCGCUUAUAUGAUCAUGGGACUACCCUGCUUUCCUUGUAUGUAGUGAAUUUUAGUGGCAGAACUGAUAUAGAAACUGUGAGGGGAUUUUUUCAGUUGCUCCCAGUGUUCUCCACACAGGAUCUAGCCAGAUAUGCCAGUUACACAUGUGACUGGGUUUCUGGUCACUGCACUGGUACUGGCCCUUUCCUCCUGUGCUCUUGCCUGAGAGUUGGUGAUGCCCACUGGUGCUCAUUACCCUUUGAAAUAAUUUUGGUUCAUAAUUUCCUUUUCCCUGUAAAGGGGAACAAAGCCUUUAACAUACUUGUGGGCCCUAAAACUGUGGGACCUCGAAGGAGACCUGUGAAACUUUUUGAGGUUAAAAUUUACCUUUUUGGUCCCCAAAUGACCCCAUUCCUCUUUAAAAAUUUAUUACCAUCAAUGUCCCCUGAGAAUGCAGGGUGGACUUCCAAAGCAGGGGAGGUUAUGGGAAGGAAGGAAGGAAUCAAAGUGAAGGUCUUCUGCGCUCCAUAGUACAAAUCAGUUUUCGAGUUAGCUUUCUGGUAAGUUGUGUGUUUGGGAAAAGGGAUUCUAGGGUUUCAAGACAGCUGAGUCAAGGGUAAAGUAGCCUGGUGGCAGGACUGAUACUAUGAGGCUGAAACAAUCCUUAAUGAUGAAGUAGAUCAUGCAGUAACAUACAAAAACCAAGGACAUGUAUAUUUUUAUAUCUGUGUGGUUUUAAAACUUUAGUACUUAGAACUUUGGCCUUCUGCACUACUCUUUUGCUCUUGUAAACGCAAUUUACAUUUAAGAAUGGAAAGGGAUGGCAUUUGCUUACGUGUUCACUGCCUCAUUCCUGGUGAAGCAACUGCUAGUUGUAUGCCUCUAAAAUGAUGCCGUUUUCUCUGCUAAAGAUAAAAGAAAAGAAAAAAUAGUUGGACAAUAAGACUUGCAGCUUAAUCUGCUUUGAAUAAUUGUAUGUAACAGAAACUAUACAAUGAAGGAAUAUUCUAUGAAAAUUAUGAAUCCUAACUUCUAUGGUGUUAUCUUUCUGGGGAAUGGAGAAAGGCAGUGAAAUGGCAGUUAGACUAAAGGAGGCUUGAAGGAUUCAAGUAUAAAUAAUAUUUUAUAUAAAACAUAGCUGUUUAGGUUUCCUUAAUCUUCAAGAAUAGUCACAAAUAUCAUAAAGCAAAGUUCAUUGUUUUAGGAUUUUUUAAAAAUGUGUUGUACCUAAGGCCAUACUUACUCUUCUGUGCUAUCACUGCAAAGGAGUGAUACAUAUGUAUUAUACGAAAAAAAAAUCCUUAAUGCACUGUUAUCUCCUAAAUAUUUAGUAAAUUAAUACUAUUUAAUUUUUUUAAAGAUUUGUCUGUGUAGACACUAAAAGUAUUACACAAAAUCUGGACUGAAGAUGUCCUUUUUAACAAUUUAAAGUACUUUUUAUAUAUGUUAUGUAGCAUAUCCUCUCUAAACUGCCUAGUUUGUAUUUCCCAUAAUUCCUGUUUGUGAAGUGUACCUGUCGUUGUCUCUUUUUUCAGUCAUUUUCUGCACGCGUCCCUCUUUAUACGACUACAGACAUGACUGUGUGUGCUUUCCACACACUGCUGCGAGGUGUGCACUCAGAGCCAGCCA